AUGUCCGCCGUCGCGUCGCUAGGAGUCACCGUCAAAUCCGCCUCGACAUCCGCGAUCAGCGAGGGCUCUGUUUAUACCGACGAUGCCGUUUCCACUCCGAUCACCGGCGGCAUUCCCGAGGGCUGGCCGGUGAACGCCUCUACGGAGAUGCCGGCGGAAGCGGCGGCGGCGGAUCCGGUGGUUCGGUUUACGGUGGCCGAGCAAGUGAAGAAAGGCGAGGACUUUCACAUGGCGCUCGCCAACUAUCGGCUAGGCGGCGUCAACUGCGGCGUGUACUGCGUGUUCGACGGGCACAACGGCACGGCGGCAGCCAUGCACUGCAAGAAGGAGCUGCUGGGGUUUGUGAGCGAGUACCUGCCCGGGGGGGCAUCGUACCGAGAGGAAGCGGGGGAGAAGGGCGAGGAGGGGGAGGUCACGAGUAAACCACGCGAUGGGGAAGGCGCGGCCGUGCUGGAAAGUGGCGGCGGCGGUGGUGGAGGCGGAGACGGGGGAGGGGGAGACGGGGGAGGGGGAGGAGGAGGAGGGAAGAGGGAGGCGUGGUUGAAGGCGCUGCCGAUGGCGCUGGCGGAAGGGUUUCUCAAAUGCCACAACACGUUCGCCCUGCGUGAGUGCCGCACGCUCAAAUGUCCCACGCUAACGCCUUUUCAGUCUCUCGCCUUGCCUCCCCUGCUCCGCCCCCCAUCGUCGUAUUCCCUCGGCAUGUCUCCCACUGACCGAACAACCUCCCUCCCCCUUCACAUUCCAUUACCAGGGGGGCAACCAUCAGGAGCCACAGCAACGAUGGCGAUUGUCUCGGGAUGGACCGUCACAGUGGCAGUUGUUGGGAACUUGUGGGCUUUCCAUACGACCGAUGCCCCCCAACGACCCACUAUUCUCCGCCCUGCUUCCCUCCCGCUCUCCUGUCACCAGGGGGCCAGCCGGGGCCAGCCGUCGGGAGCGACAGCAACGGUGGCGAUCGUGUCGGGAUGGACGGUCACAGUGGCAGCAGUGGGGGACUCGCGUGCCAUCCUGGACACCACUGGAGGGGGCGUGACGCCUCUUUCUUUGGACCACCGAUUCGAAGUGUCAGAGGACGAGUGCAACAGAGUGCUCAAGGAGGGCGGCCAACUCGCCAGGCUUCGGACCUUCGAUGGCACGCAGCUGGGCCCGUUACGCAGUUGGCCGGGAGGGCUGUGUGUGUCACGGUCGAUAGGCGAUGUGGACUGUGGCACGUUCAUCACGCCGCUGCCACAUGUCAAGCAGAUCCAGGUCCCCCAGGCGGGAGGCAGGGUGGUAAUGGCGUCGGAUGGGUUGUGGGACGCGGUGGAAUCAGACAAGGCCGCCCGGCGAUGCAGAGGGCUGCCCUGCACCGCUGCUGCGCCAUUGUUAGUCAAGGAGUCCAUCAAGGCCAAGGGCCUAAGGGACGACAUCACAGUGCUGGUGGUCGACCUGCUCUCCGCCUCUGCUGCCGCUGAUCCCUCCGCCUGCCCCGUGCCCAAGCCGCCCAGCUCCAAAUCCUUCUUCUCCAAGUUCAGGAGCAAGAGCUAUUCCAGCUAUCUCUCAAACGUGUACCCUUUAUAA